AUGAUAAUUACGAGGUGGACGAGGUGCUCUACGGUCGGUGAAAGCAUACAUAAAGGAUGUUCCUUCACAAAGAAGGCACAACACAACGAUACUGUAUGGCAAGGGUGCCGGUACGAAACCGUGAAGAGUACUAUUCGGAGGAGCCGUGGAGGAUGGUGGUGGUCUCGGUUUUGGAGGUUUCGUUUGGACUGUUAUGUUCACCUCUUCUCCAUAUGCGGUGCCAAGUGUCACUGGAACUGUGUGGCUUUGAAAGCAUUCUAUGUGACCGCCAAUGCCGGACAUAGUGCACAGCUCAGUGUUUUCUGAGCUCCGGAAUCGAAGAAGAAAAGAACUUUUUCGAAAACCUGUGUAUUGUUAUUCCAUACGUUGCCUUCAGCCGUCAUUAAUAUAAGUUGUUUAUUUGUGGAAUUGUUGUUAACGACUUCUACGCUGUUGCUUUGUGUUUCUGCGAACAUUUGCGUGUUUGGUUGACCCAUUCUCUGUUUUUCACGUUUAUAGUUAUUUCGUUGGUCGGAAUUGCGAUUUCUAUCGUUUUUGUAGUUAUUUUGAUUUGCGUUUGUAAUUCUCGGCCUGCUAUCAAGCGUGGGGUUACUGCGAGGCUCAUCUUUUUUGUAGCACAAACUAAUAUGAUGCUUUUGACCGCAAAGGCUGCAGUCUGUAUUUUGGCAAUCGAAACUAUUGUGUCUAGAAGAGCAGCAUUUCCAGCAGCGGUUUUGUUCCUUCAGAAUUUUUCGUCGGGUACUUUGCUCAGUUACUGUUCGAC